AUGAGUACGCCGAACAAGCGGCGCAAGAAGAACGAUCACAAUCCUUCGCCGCUUCCAGCUCGCAGUCUCGAGCACUUCUUCGGGAGGCAGACGGCGAAGGCGAAAGAUCCGCAGGAUGAGAGUGUUGUGAACGACACGAAGAUCGAGGAAAGGCUGCGGGAUGCAGAGACACCCGCGGAGCACGUCCCGGGCGGAGGUGCCGAUCUGACGGAUGAACAGCUCGCGAGGAAGCUCCAGGCCGAGUGGGAUGAGGAGGACAAAAGGCAGCCUGCGAGCGAGGAAGCAAUCAAAGAUGAAGUGCGAGAGGGCGACAAAAUCAGUGAUGUGCUGGCACCAUCGGAAGAGGACAACACAAGACCGACAGCACCAACCAAUGCCUUCGUUGCAAUGGGCAAGAAAGGCACACUGUCUCUGCAGUCAGCAACCGCUGAUCAAGACACCAUCUCCCACGACAUUCCGUUCGACGAGUCACCGCUCACAUUCGACCCGGAGAAUACGCAGUCGAGGAUCAAGAUAGUGGAUACUCUGGUAAAUCUCAUCCGAGUCUUGAUCGUUGGCGAUCCCGAAUCUCUUCUCCCGGCCGUCUGGCUAGCCACAAAUUCCAUUUCGCCUCCCUAUAUCGAUGUAGAGCUCGGACUCGGAGGGUCCGCGAUUUCAAAAGCGCUCAAAAAGGUCUGCGGGCUGGACAACUCGUCACUCAAGACGUUGUACAACAAGCAUGGCGAUGCAGGGGAUGUUGCGUUCGAGGCCAAGAAGAGGCAGAGCUUCACUCUGCGGAAGCCAAAGCCGCUGACGAUCAAAGGAGUGUUCGAUGGUCUGUUCAAGAUUGCAAGCGCCAAAGGUCAAGGCAGCCAGGAGGUCAAGCAGCGCAUAGUCGAACGACUGGUUCAGGAUGCAAGAGGUGCCGAGGAGAGCAGAUACAUUGUUCGCACGCUCGUGCAGCAUCUCAGAAUCGGCGCCGUUAAGACAACAAUGCUAAUCGCAUUAUCGAGAGCAUUUCUGCUGUCUCGUCCGCCAGGCACCGACUUCGCGAUCAAAUCGCAAUCCGAGCUGCGAAAGCUGAGCAAACAAGAGCUGGCAGAGGUCUACUCGCAGGGUGAAGAGCUAGUAAAAGCCAGCUUCGCUCGCCGACCGAAUUACAACGAUCUUGUUCCGACCCUUCUCGAGAUUGGUAUCGACGACGAAUUAUUGCUCCGCUGCGGUCUGGCUAUGCACAUCCCCUUAAGGCCCAUGCUAGGAGGGAUUACGCGAGAUUUGGGCGAGAUGCUGACGAAAUUGCAUGGUCGGGAUUUUUCCUGCGAGUUCAAAUACGACGGCCAACGAGCGCAAGUCCACUGCGAUGAGAAUGGCAAAGUCACGAUAUUCUCUCGCCAUUUGGAAGUCAUGACGGACAAGUAUCCUGAUCUGGUCGCACUGGUUCCACAGAUUCGUGGCGAAGGAGUCAGCAGCUUCAUCUUGGAGGGAGAGGUCGUAGCUGUCGAUCGUGAGUCUGGUGAUCUGAAACCUUUCCAGAUCCUCGCCAAUCGAGCGAGGAAGGAUGUGGUCAUUCAAAGCGUCAAGGUCGAUGUAUGUCUCUUCUCAUUCGACCUCAUGUAUCUCAACGGCGAGGAGCUCUUAGAUCGGUCCUUCCGAGAACGGCGUAGCUUACUCCGCAGCCUUUUCGUCGAGAUACCCAAUCAUUUUUCGUGGGUCAAAUCGAUGGACGCGACGUCCGCUGAUUUCGACGAGGUCAGCGCCUUCUUCAAGCAAGCGACAGACAUCAAGUGCGAGGGCAUUAUGGUCAAGGUGCUCGACAACUUGCCCAAUCCCGAGCUCGAAGCCGACAUUGAGGGGGAAGCGCCUGAAGGGGAGCCGGAGCCAAAGCCAAUACCCACUUCCAAGGGAAAGAAGUCGAAGAAGGCCAAGAGCAAGGCAGCCAAUAGCACAUCCACGAUCGAUACCGAGGAGAAGAAGGGCUCUCGCCGGAAGGCCCUUCUCGCGACCUACGAACCCGACAAACGUCUCGACUCAUGGCUAAAAGUGAAGAAAGAUUACAAUAGCCUCACCGAUACCCUUGAUCUAAUCCCCGUCGGCGCCUGGCACGGUCAAGGCCGGAAGAACGCCUGGUGGUCACCGAUUCUCCUCGCCUGCCGCAAUCCUGCCACAGGAAGUCUCGAAGUCGUGACGAAAUGCAUAUCUGGUUUCACGGAUGCAUUCUACAAAGCCAAUCGCGCAAAGUACGAUCCGGACGUCGACGAGGAUGAUGAGGAAGGGCGAUCGUCGAAUUGUAUUCCUCGCCCGGCGUAUGUGGAUUACGCGGGUGAGCCGGACGUGUGGUUUGAGCCGCAGGAGGUGUGGGAGAUGGUGUUCGCCGACAUUACCUUGAGCCCGACGUACACGGCGGCGAUAGGACUUGUCAGCGAGGAAAGGGGCUUGAGCCUGAGGUUCCCAAGAUUUCUGAAGGUCAGAGAAGAUAAGAGUAUCGAGGAGGCGAGUACAAGUGACUUCCUGGCGAGUCUGUAUAGGAAGCAGGAGGCGAAGGCACCUGGGAAGGUGGAGGCGAUGGACGAGGACGAAGAGGAAUGA